GGCGAGCAGCACUUAUAAGGCCCAAUAAGUUGCAAACGACUGACGCAGAGCGUGCAAGCUGCCUUGCGCCAGCUUGAAUCGCGAGUGCCGAUGCUUCCAGCGACUCAUAAUUGCACGCGGGGCUGCUCGACUCGGCCGACGCGCACUUAACCUGUACUUGGGUCCUGAUGCGGAGCUACUACGAGCGCCUCGGCGUCUUAACGUGUGCAAGCAACGACGAUAUCCGGCGCGCUUACAGGGCGCUCGCUCUUAGCGCUCAUCCAGAUAAGGGUGGCAGCCGGAGCGAGUGGGGAAGCAUUCAAGAGGCAUACGAAACCCUAAGUUCACCGGAGAAACGUUGCCUCUAUGACUUCAUGGGGGCCUUCGCGCACCUGUCAGAGAGGAACUGGUCACAGCCCGGCCCGCAGGCCACAUCCGGGGACAGCUACAGCGCGCAGCCGGCGUCACGCUGCGGCAGUGCCAGCAGUGUGAGCAGCCUGGACUCUUACACAUCUCUUGAAAACGCUGGCAUGGCCACCUCAGGGCUGCUCGGGAAGCGGCCGGCUCCAAGUCAUGCCCCAAACCAGCAGCCUGGUCCAGGAGGGCCGCCAUGUGUUGAUGCCGACGUGCUGGUGCAGCUGCGUCUGACGCUGGAGGAGCUCUUCACCGGCUGCACCAAACAGCUUAGACUAAAGCGGAAGCUGUUCUUGCAAGUGCCUGGGCUGGGGCACGAUGUGGCGACGGGCAGCUGGGCGGAAACAGAGGAGUUAUUUCGCAUCGUGGUGUCGCCGGGUGCACGUGAAGGCACCCGGUUCUCGUUUGCAGGCAAGGGCAACCUGCUGCCCGGGGCCGCGGCGGCGGGCUCCAUGGUCAUCGUCCUGCACCAGCAGCCCCACCACCACUACACACGACGCGGCAGCCACCUGCACGUCACGUGCACGGUGCCGCUGCUCACCUGCCUGUCCGGCGGCAGCGCCUGCAUCUCCACCCUGGACGGGCGCACGCUGCUGGUGCCGCUGGGGCCCAACUGCCUGCAGCCAGCCGCCGAGCACGUCAUCCGAGGCGAGGGCAUGCCGCUGCCGAACGCUGGCCACAGCGCAUCGGGUUUUGGUCUGGCGCCCAAGGCACCCAGCGACCAGGCCGCUCAGCAGCAGCAACAGCGACGGCAGCUGCGGGCGGUGCGCUCCCCGUCUCCAUCGUACAAGCAGCAACAGCAGGCAUCUACGUCGGUCGGCUGGGGGUCCAAGCAAUCAUCCGACCGGACGCUGCUGGCGGCAGACGCAGGGGGCCGGGGAGACCUGCACAUUCAUUUCCAGGUUUUAGUGUAGUUCUCCGGAUCGCCAUCAGUUGGGUGCGCUUAUGGAGCCACACACGCACUGGUUAGGGCGCUGUCAUUUGUAGCCUAGGUGAUGGGCUGAUCCUGUCUAAGCGCUUGCCCUCUUACACCGUCCCGAGUGGUCGUCUGCCCUAGGCGCAAGCUCAACACAUUCGCGUGUGGGGACGCCGCGUUGGCGAGAGCCACGGAUGGCCCUAAUACCCCAUGGGGGCAUGUCGCACCCGUGGAAAGCACUGUAGCCUAGAUGUAAAACGUCAAGGGACGAUCAGUGUUAGUAUGGGUUCCGCGGAGGGAUUGCUCGGUAAUGAGCAGACGCCUGCAGGCUCCACUCUGCAUCCAACACGGGUACUGCAACUGUGCUUGCAAACUAUCGAUUGCUUAGGGCGCGCAGGUGAUGACGCAAGCAAUGGGGCGCACUCAGCCAGUCCGCAGCAUGACGUGAUGCUGAGGUUGUUUUGGCGCAUAAUCUGGGUUUUCUGGGACCUGGCUUUCUGAGUGUGGGACGACGAAAUGACGAGGCGAGACUCUGCGGGGAUAAAGUAGUUCACGUAACCAAUACACACUGGUGUCGUUCUCGGGCAUUUGCCAACAGUUUAGCUGUUUGCUGCUUGAGUGAAGGCCACGAGACACGGUUUCAUAGGCAUGACUAGGAUGACUAGGAUUGAUGGUGAUGUGUUGAGCUGCAGUAUGCAAACCAGGCCAUUUCAAAGCGAGUUUGAUGGUGAGGGCAUGGAAGCUAUCUCAACUGGCACUAGUGCUGGUACGCAGUGCAGCCUUGGGUUGGUUGAUACGGUAUGUUGCUUUGUGAGAUGUAUGCUGAUGUUCCUUCAGUAGCGGAUUAAUUAGGCGCCUGAGAGCUGACUAAAUGUCUUGGAGAGAUGACAUACCUGACAACCAUGUGCAGUUUGGAGUGGUGUGUACGGUUAUUGUGUGCAUUGUAUGCACGAAGAGAGCAUGUGGUGUGCACCUCCAGUCACAACGCAGGGUUGUCGUAUGUCGUAUGCUUUGAAACCGGCAUGGAACGCACGUGUGUGGGUGCUACCAGGGAUAAGAACGCAAUGGAAUCAGGAUGGGGAGGGUGCCAACUGCCUAGGGCAGUCCCUGGCCUAGAACACACAUUGGGCAGUCAAGCUGUCUGGCCUGCAGAACAGUUGCGUGUGUGGGUGGAACUCAUAGGCCUUGGCCGUUUAAUUGUUGCAGGAUGUAAUGUGGGCAAGGUGAACCCUCCCGGUGCGGGUGUUGGGUAAAGAUAAACACCUCCCCUGCAUCUAACUUGGACAAUAAAGGUGGUUUUUGGGCUGAGCCCCCUGAGCGAAGCGAUCCAGGGGGGGCGAAGCCCCCCAGGAUUGCCCCUGUCGCCGGAUUGCCUGCCUGCGUGCCUGCCUGCCCCUGCCUGGUGCGUACCCACGACAUUUGAUGCGAGACUCAGUUUAAUACAAUACAUUCAACUUAAAUGCCUGGUAGCGACUCGGA